AUGUUGGCAACUAUUUUAUCAGAACAUUAUCAAGUUGAUAUGCUUAUCUACACAAAUACAGAAACUGGACGUUCUGUAACCUCAACUAAAUUUACUGUCAUUAAUGUACCCAUAAAUUUAACUCGUUCUGACUCAACUCAGACAGUAGCGGAACGAAUGAGAGAAUUUAGAUUUUCUGAGGAAUAUAGGAAUGUCGGGAUAUAUAAAGGUAAUAUGUAA